CGGAUAUAGGCCUGAAAGCGCGGCUCUCGCGAGAACUCCUGUCUCCGCCCAGCCUUCCAGCGACGCCCUUGCAGCCAUAUUGCUUGUGGGCAGGAACCUGAGACUGACGGCUAGAGAACCAGGCACCGCGGACUCUGCGGUCCUUGGUCUCUGACUUCGUCAUCCUGGUCUGCAUGACUUUCUGAGAUUCUGCCCCAGUUCUUGCUUUUGGAGGAGACCAGACUCCGGCCCUGUCGGCCCGUACCGGGUGGUCUGCCACCCCACGUCCAUGACUAAGCCCUAGGAAGGAGCGCCCUGCUCGCAGAUCCACCCGAGGGAACGAACGUCGGGGACCUGUCUACCCGCAAAGCAAGUGCUGUGAAGAUUGCUCUGGGAAAAAAGGAAGGAUGCCGCUCUUUUUCCGGAAGCGGAAACCCAGUGAGGAGGCUCGGAAACGCCUGGAGUAUCAGAUGUGUCUGGCAAAAGAAGCUGGGGCAGAUGACAUUCUUGACAUCUCUAACUGUGAGCUCUCAGAGAUUCCAUCUGGGGCUUUUGCAACAUGCAAAGUUCUACAGAAGAAGGUGUUGAUUGUCCACACAAAUCACCUCACUUCCCUGCUUCCUAAAUCCUGCAGCCUCCUGAGUCUCGCAACCAUCAAGGUUCUGGACCUUCAUGAUAACCAGCUGACAGCCCUUCCUGAUGAUAUAGGGCAGCUGACAGCCCUCCAGGUCUUAAAUGUGGAAAGGAAUCAACUGACGUCCCUCCCACGUUCCAUCGGGAACCUGAUCCAGCUCCAGACCCUCAACCUGAAAGACAACAAGCUGAAGGAGCUUCCAGACACCCUGGGGGAGCUUCGGAGCUUACGCACCCUCGACAUCAGCGACAACAAGGUUCAGAGGUUGCCACAGAUGCUGGCGCACGUUCGAACCCUGGAGACUCUGAGCCUCGACGCGUCGUCCAUGGUUUACCCCCCUCAGGAGGUGUGCAGCGCUGGCACCGAGGCCAUUCAGCAGUUCCUCUGCAAAGCGUUGGGGCUGGAAUACUACCCCCCUUCUCAGUACCUGCUGCCUGUUCUGGAGCAAGAUGGAACCAAGACCUCCCAAGACAGCCCUGAUGGGCCUUCAGACAGAUUCUGCAGGGAGGAGGUGGAGUGGCAGAACAGGUUCUCUGACUAUGAGAAGAGAAAGGAGCAGAAGAUGCUGGAGAAACUUGAGUUUGAACGGCGCCUGGAACUUGGGCAGAGAGAGCAUGCCCAGCUCCUUCAGCAGAGCAACAGUCAGAAGGACGAGAUCCUCCAGACGGUCAAGGAGGAGCAGUCCCGGCUGGAGCAGGGCCUGAGUGAGCGCCAGUGCUACCUGGAUGCAGAGCGUCAGCGGUUGCAGGAGCAGCUGAAGCAGACGGAGCAGAGCAUCUCCAGCAGGAUCCAGAAGCUCCUGCAGGAGAAUCAGAGGCAAAAGAAGAACUCCGAGAUUUUGAAGUCCCUGGAAAAUGAAAGAAUAAGAAUGGAACAGUUGGUGUCCAUAACCCAGGAGGAGACAGAGAACCUGCGUCGCCGUGAGGUCGCCUCCGCCAUGCAGCAGAUGCUGUCCGAGGUCUACCAGAGCCGGCUCAUCCAGAUCGCCUGUGAGGCCCAUGGGCAGAACUUGGUCCAGCAGACCUGUUCCAGCAUGGCUGAAAUGGGUGAACGGUUCCAGCAGAUUCUUUCACGGCAACAGAUGGAUAAGAAGAAGGUCAUCAGCCAGAUCCUGCAGGAGAGUGCCAUGCAGAAGGCCGCGUUCGAGGCGCUCCAGGUGAAGAAGGACCUGAUGCAUCGGCAGAUCUGGAAGCAGAUUAAAUUAAUAGAAACUGAGUUAUUGCAGCUGACACAGCUGGAGUUAAAGAGGAAAUCACUGGACACAGAGGCACUACAGGAAAUGAUCUCGGAGCAGCGCUGGGCCCUGAGCUCCUUGCUCCAGCAGCUGCUCAAAGAGAAGACGCAGCGAGAGGAGGAGCUUCGGGAGAUCCUGAUGGAGUUAGAAGCCAAAAGCGAGAGCAAGCAGGAAAAUUACUGGCUGAUUCAGUAUCAGCGGCUUUUGAACCAGAAACCCCUGUCCUUGAAGCUGCAGGAGGAGGGCCUGGAGCGCCAGCUGGUGGCCCUGCUGGUGGAACUGUCAGCGGAGCACUACCUGCCUAUCUUCGCCCACCACCGCAUCUCGCUGGACAUGCUGAGCCGGAUGGGCCCCCGGGACCUGGCCAAGGUGGGCGUCUCUGAGGCCGGCCUGCAGCACCAGAUCCUGCGCAGAGCCCAGGAGCUGCUGGACGCGGCCAGAACCCAGCCAGAGCUGCUCACACCUCCCAAGGACGAGGUCCUCCCCACGGCCCCUGAGGAGCCUCCCGAGUCAGUGGAACCGUCAGCUCCCCCCGAAGAGCUGGAGGCACAGAUCUCGGAGUGUGUUGUGUGCCUGGAGCUGGAGGCGCAGGUGAUCUUCCUCAACUGCGGCCACGUCUGCUGCUGCCGGCAGUGCAGCCAGCGCCUGCGCACUUGCCCGCUGUGCCGCCAGGACAUCGUCCAGGGCCUCUGCAUCUACUCCAGCCGCUGAGCACCGGCCGCCGCCCCCGCAGGCCCAGGGCUUCAGCCCCCCGAGUCCUGGGCCCUUGUCCCCGCAGCCUGGGAGGGCACCCCAACCCUUGCUCUCCAAGCACGCCCGGGCCAGGCGGGGACAGCGGCGUUCCUGACCAGGGACGUAGCCGGUCUGAACACCGUGGAGGAGGACAGGACCCCUCGCCACACGAGGACAGGGUCUGGGUGGGGUGAGGCGGCUGUGCAUCCAUCUGAGCACAGGACCGAGGGUCCUGGCCACUGUGGCUCUGCCACUUCCCGGCCCCUCCAGCAGCCUCAGCGUCCUCAUCAGGGGAACACUGGUUGGGGGGGGGGGUGCCUGGGGGGCGGGCAGGGGAGCACCAUGGCCCGUCCUCAGGUUGACUGGCCAGACUGUGUUCAGUGGGGACCCUGGACCCCAGGCAGCAUGGGCGCCCCCUUGCCUCCCUCUCUCCUGCUCCCGCUGCUCUCCAGAUCUGCGCCUCCUCCCCUGACGCAGCUCACAGGCAGGUGCUGGGCUUUGCAAGCCCGAAGCAGGAAAGUUAAUAAACCCACCUCCAUCCUGCUC